GACACCAGCAGUAACCGGUAAGAAAUUGACCAAAUUUUACAUUCAAAGAUCAGUUUAGGAGGCAAAUUGAACCAUGUUAGAGUGCAUUUCACCUACUUAAGGUCAGCCAGUGCCACUUUGAUAUGACAGUUGUCCAAACUUUGACAGAGUCAGUCCUAAAUGUUGAGGUUAGCUUUCAUUGGUAGACUUUCAAACGGAAACCUAAUGACGCUAUGACCUUAACAUGUCCCAUUUCUUCUGUUCCAUAGUGGAGAAACAGCCAAAGGGAAGAGAUUUUGUGUUCUUGUUGGACGGAUCUGAUGGUACUAAAACUGGAUUCCCAGCUAUGAGAGACUUUGUCCAAAGAGUUGUAGAGACACUCAGUGUGGAUGACAACAAAGACCGUGUCUCAGUGGUUCAGUACAGCAGAGAUCCAGCCGUCCAGUUCUAUCUGAACACAUACAGGACAAAGGGCGAGAUCUUUGACACCCUCAGAGGUUUGAAACACAAAGGCGGAAGACCCCUCAACACUGGAGCAGCCCUCCAGUAUUUGAGGGAUAAUGUCUUCACAGCCUCUGCAGGCAGCAGGCGCCUGGAAGGAGUUCCACAGGUGCUAAUAUUGCUAAGUGGUGGAAGGUCUUUUGACCGUGUUGAUGCACCAGCCUCUGCUCUGAAAAAGAUGGGUGUCUUGAUCUUUGCCAUUGGAACCAGGAGCUCUAAUAACACAGAACUGCGGAAGAUAGCCCACGAUCCAAGUUACGCUCUGUCUGUGCCUGAUUUCACUGACCUUCCUAGUGUCCAACAGCAGCUUCAGUCCUCUGUGGAGGAGGUGGUUAUUGACAUCACCCCAGAGUCACCUACUGUACUUGUUGACAGUGCCAAAAAGGAUAUUGUAUUCCUUCUGGAUGGUUCUGAUGGCACAAGGAAUGGCUUCCCUGCCAUGCGUGAUUUUGUUGAGAGAGUGGUGGAGAAACUGAAUGUGGGAGAAAACAAAGACCGUGUCUCUGUGGUCCAGUACAGCAGAGAUGCAGAGGUCCAUUUCUAUCUGAACACAUACACCACCAGAGAGGAUAUUGUGGAUUCGGUCAGGGGGCUGAGAUACAGAGGAGGCAGACCCCUCAACACCGGGGCAGCCCUCCAGUACAUUAAGGACAACGUGUUUACAAGCUCCUCUGGGAGUAGGCGCCAGCAAGGUGUUCCACAAAUGUUGAUCCUGCUAAAUGGUGGAAAGUCUUUUGACAAUGUAGAUACCCCAGCCUCUGCUCUCAAACAGCAGGGUGUCUUUGUAAUUGGCAUUGGAACAAGCAGCUCUGACAUUAAUGAGCUGCAGAAGAUAUCCUCUGACCCUAGUCUCGCUCUAUCAGUGACUGAGUUCACUGAGCUCCCCAGUGUCCAAGAACAGCUCUCCUCUGUAAUGAGCACAAUGCUAGUGAGGGCCACGCCAGUGACACCAGCAGUAACCGGUAAGAAAUUUACCAAAUUUUACAAUCCAAGAUCAGUUAAGGAGGCAAAUUGAACCAUGUUAGAGUGCAUUUCACCUACGUAAGGCCAACCAGUGCCACUUUGAUAUGACAGUUGUCCAAACUUUGACAGAGUCAGUCCUAAAAGUUGAGGUUAGCUUUCAUUGGUAGACUUUCAAACGGAAACCUAAUUACGCUAUGACCUUAACAUGUCCCAUUUCUUAUGUUCCAUAGUGGAGAAACAGCGAAAGGGAAGAGAUUUUGUGUUCUUGUUGGACGGAUCUGAUGGUACUAGUACUGGAUUCCCAGCUAUGAGAGACUUUGUCCAAAGAGUUGUAGAGACACUCAGUGUGGAUGAUAACAAAGACCGUGUCUCAGUGGUUCAGUACAGCAGAGAUCCAGCCGUCCAGUUCUAUCUGAACACAUACAGGACAAAGGGCGAGAUCUUUGACACCCUCAGAGGUUUGAAACACAAAGGCGGAAGACCCCUCAACACUGGAGCAGGCCUCCAGUAUUUGAGGGAUAAUGUCUUCACAGCCUCUGCAGGA